AUGUAUUUUUUAAUAUCCAUCACAACAGUUUUAGCAAACUAUAAUACCUAAUAUGUUACUGAUUAUUUAAAAUUAGAGCAUAAUAAUCUUGAUGCAUCAAAGACUUAUUUAAUUUAGAUGAUCAUAACAUAAUUCCCAGUAGACAAUUAUUGCCUACCUAUUAUGUAUGUCCUAUUUAAUAAGCAAAAUUAUUAUGAUUAGUACUCAUACUCUAUUAGAGCAAAUGUCUAAUCUGUAUUCAUCUAAUAGGCUUAAAAUAUUACUAUUGAUAUUAAUUGCCUUCUUUUAGAACAUUUUAAUAAUAUUUAAGAUUUCAACAAAACUAUGCAUUUUAAUUUAACAUUAAAUGAAGCAGUAAUUAAUUAAUUUAAUAACAUUAUCUAGGUAAUCUAGUCAUAAAAAUCUUGUCACUUUCCUUAUUAUGGAUUGAGUUGUUCUUUUAAAAUGCAAAAAAUUUAAGCUGAUUAUACAAUUACUUAUAAGGUACUAAAUAACUCUUGGUUUUAUGCUUACAUAGUUCUUGAUAACCAUAAUUAUGAUGUAAGAUUUUUAUUAUUAAAAGAUUUUAAUUCAAAAUAAACAAGCUUUAUUUGGAAUUUCAUCAAUACCGGCAGAUAAACUUAACAUAACAAUUCUUCCAACAUUCUUCACCAAUUUUGAAGUUAUUGAUUCAAAAAAUUAAGAAAAAUCAAUAAGUUUGACAAGAGAAGGAAAUAUUUCAGAUUAUAUAUUUAUUUUUGGAUUAUUCAAUUUUAAUACAACUCACAAUUAAGAAAUUACCAUAUCCUUUAUGUAUUUUAUUCUAAUAUUUCUAGAUCUUUGAGUGAUAUGGAAUACUUCCCUUUAUGGGCAAUUAUAAUUUUAAUAUCUAUCUUUUUAUUUGGUAUUUUCAUGGCAUCAAUCAUAUUUUUAAGUUUUAAAAGAUAAUAUAGAAAAUUAACUUAAAUUCAACCAUCACUUGACAGAAAGAUUUUAAAUAAAUAUAUGCCAAAUAAAAUUGUUGAUUCUAAAAUGAUACAUGAAACCUGCUCUGUGUGUUUGAUAUAGUUUGAAAAUAAAGAGAAAUACCGUCACACACCUUGCAAUCAUAAUUUUCAUGAUUAAUGUUUAGCAGAUUGGUAGUGAAUUAUCUAAUUUAGGACAAUAAAAUAAGCUAACUGUCCUGUUUGUAGAUAAAGUUUAUAAGAAUUAGAUAUAUAAAAAUUAAUUAAAUAGAAAGCUUAAUAGCCUAAAAAAAAUGAAGAAGUUAAUGAAAAAGUUUAAUUAAAAGAGGAUGAUCAAUAAUAGUAAAGUGAUCGAGGAGCUUUAUAUAUUCGUUUUGUUCCAACACCAUUUAGAAUUAGUUGUAGGAUAGACUUGGAUAAUUGCCCUAAAGAAGAGCAUUCUCCUUAGAUGAUAUAAUUUGAUGGAACUCCUAAGAAUUAAAGUUAGAGAGAUCUUUACAAAAAUUAAGAUCGGAUAGUUGAAUGA